CUCCGCGUUCCCGCUCACCAUUUCCAUCGGUAGAUGGAGAAGAAGAAGAAGAAGAAGAAGAAGAAGAGUUCAGGGCGUCUGAGCACCAAUCAUCGUCUAAAGAAAUGCAAGCUUGCAAACAGUCCAGUUAAAAUUCAUAAGAAAAGGAAACUUAGGGAAGAAUGGGUUAGUCCACUGGUGGAGAAGUAUUGGUUUCAAAGGUACGAUCUUUUCUCGAGAUACGAUGAGGGUAUCGAAAUGGAUGAGGAAGGAUGGUAUUCCGUUACCCCUGAAGAGAUUGCGAUUCGUCACGCCCAGAGGUGUGGGAAUGGGAUCGUGAUUGAUUGCUUUGCAGGCGUUGGUGGCAACGCCAUUCAGUUUGCUAAAAUGUGUUAUUCUGUUGUUGCUAUUGACAUUGAUCCUCGAAAAGUUGAAUUAGCCCUUAAUAAUGCAAAAAUAUAUGGUGUGGAAGAUUAUAUCGAUUUCAUUGUUGGAGACUUCUUCCAACUUGCUCCAUCAUUGAAGGGGGACAUAGUGUUUCUUGCACCACCAUGGGGAGGUCCAUCGUACAGAAGUAUUGAAAAAUUUAAACUUGGAUUUCUCAAGCCAAAAGAUGGGUUCACCAUGUUUCAGGUAGCUCAGGCAAUAACACCCAACAUCAUUAUGUUCUUGCCUCGAAAUGUAGACUUAAGCCAAGUGGAAGAACUUUCUUGGCUGUCUUCUCCUCCUUUAGAAGUUGAGAUUGAAGAAAAUUAUGUGCGAAACAAUGUAAAGGGUGUCACAGCAUACUUUAGUGGUGCAGCAUGUGGUUAACUUGGUUGUAUAUUUCAGACAUAUUUUAUCAAUAAUAAAAGACAAAUGUUAGAGGUACCAAAUCUUUUACCAAGAGAGUCUUACCAAACUAAUGUGUAGCUCAGUUUGGUAAGCUUCUUUUUUAUAUUUCUUUUAAUUAAUUGUUUUGUUUCUCUUCAAUGAAUGAGUUAGACAUCAGUUUAGUAAGCU